AUGAUUAUCGUGUUUCUUUUGACACAUAAUGAGAAUGUAUUCGUAUUGUCACGUAGGUCCCGGUCCAGAUCCCGGUCCCGAUCUAGUUCCCGGUCCGGUUCAGGAUCGCCGUCCCGACAAGGCAAGAAACGUCGCACGGUGCGUCUACAGUCUGACGAGGAGGGCGAGGCAGGUGGCGGCGGGGAGGGGGGCGAGGGGGUAGCGGGGGAGGGGGAGGGAGACGCGCGCCGCGGAGAGGGGGAGGGCGACGCGCCCCCGCCCCCCGCGCAGGACCAGUCCUCUGACGAUGACGAACCGGUCACAGGAUCCAGCGCGGACGCACAAAUAGGCAUGUCGGACUUCGACAUAAUGCUAGCGAGGAAGAAGGAGGAACGACGCGGCAGAAAGAGACGACGAGAUAUAGACAUCAUCAACGAUAACGACGAUCUCAUAGCGCAUCUCCUGCAGCAGAUGCGCGCUGCCGCCGAUGAGGAUAGAGAACUCAACAGGCGGAACCAGCCCGCCGUCAAGAAGGUAUCGAUGCUGAAGCAGGCAAUGUCUCAGCUGAUCAAGAAGGACUUGCAGCUUGCUUUUCUCGAGCAUAAUGUCCUCAACGUGCUGUGCGACUGGCUCGCGCCGAUGCCCAACAGAGCCCUACCGUGCUUGCUCAUCAGAGAUGCAAUACUCAAACUACUCACCGAUUUCCCUGCAAUAGACAAGCAGCUGCUCAAGCAAUCGGGCAUAGGAAAAGCAGUUAUGUACUUAUACAAACAUCCGAAGGAAACGAAAGCGAACCGCGAGCGAGCGGGACGGCUGAUAUCGGAGUGGGCCAGGCCUAUAUUUAAUCUAUCUACUGACUUUAAAGUUCUGCCACCCCAGCUCUUCAGGAAGCCCAUAAGUCCUUUAACUUUGCCGCACGCCUCCUUUAACGUCCGUGGACUACCCAGAUGUGAAGACCUAUGUCUUGAAACGCCCCUGCAUUCCAGUACGAUGACGCGUGAGGAGCGUCAGGCGCGUGAUGAGGCUAUGGCGGGAGCGAGACGGAAAGAUGAACCAGGACCAUCCAAGAAAACCAGACUAGACGAUCCGGACCGCACGGUACGUCCUGGUGAGCCGGGAUGGGUGGCCCGCGCGCGUGUACCGCUCCCCUCCAACAAGGAAUACGUUGUCAGGCCCAAGUCAACAUGCGAGACUGAUAUGUCGAGGACAACUAAAAAGAAGAUGACCCGAUACGAAAAGCAGAUGAAGAGGUUCUUGGAUCAGAAACGUAUCAAGAGCGGAUCUCGGCGCGCCGUCGAGAUAUCCAUAGAGGGCCGCAAGAUGGCGCUCUGA